GUCUAGUACCACUCCGAAGCUAAAAGAAAAACAUUAUAUAUGUCUUCCGAACCCACCACAACCCCAGCACAACAACAAUCACCCAGAAAACCUUCCCCGCUCACAGCGCUCGCCAUCCUCACCGUCCUCAUCGCAGUAUCGCUGGCCUUAUUCAUAGGCUACAAUACCAACAAUAACACAGAGGAGUACCGGGACUCCCGAGCCGCCAAUCUGUUCGGUCUUAAACGGUUUUUCACGAGUGCUUCUCCCGCUGUUAGUAGGGAGGUCUCUAAGAAAACAGCUGGUAGUGAGAAGAUGGGUCGGACGCCGAUUUAUUUUUUGAGUCAUGGGGGUCCGAAUGUCAUGUACCAGACGGAUCACCCGGCGUAUAAGAAGCUGGGGCAGAUCGGCAAGGAGAUUACGACCAAGGUGAAGCCCAAGGCUGUGGUGGUUUUCUCGGCACAUUGGCAGGCUGGCAGGGAUACGAUUCAGGUUAAUACGGCUGAGAAUACGGAUUUGAUUUAUGAUUUCUACGGCUUCCCCAGCCAUUAUUACAAGGAGAAGUACCCCAAUGUGGGGAGUAAGGAGGUUGCGAAUAAGGUGCUUGAUCUGCUUGGGAAAGCGGGGAUCAAGGCGGAAGGUGUGAAAAGAGGAUUGGAUCAUGGUGUGUGGGCGAGUUUCAAGUGUGCAUUCGAGCCUGAGUCGAACCCGUUGAACGUGCCCAUUGUGCAGGUUUCGUUGUUCAAGAACGAGGAUCCUGUCGCGCAUUACCGGCUCGGAGAGGCCGUGUCUAGCCUCCGCGAUGAAAACAUCCUCAUCAUCGUCUCUGGAAUGGCGGUCCACAACCUGCGCGAUCUGUUUUUCUCCAUGAACGAUUCGCGGCCGCUGCCGUACACCACCAGCUUCGACGAGGCGUUGAAGAAAGCGGCCACGGCUCCCCCGGCGGAGAGAGAGCAGGCUCUGGCGGAUCUGUUGAAGAGACCCGAUGCUCGGCAGGCACAUCCAACCUUUGACCAUCUGCUUCCCAUUCACGUUGGCGCCGGAGCUGCGGGAGACGAUGUCGGUAAGAGGCUGUGGACGCUGGGUGAGGGCAGUAUGAGCUGGGCGCAGUUUAGAUUCGGUCAGGUAGCCAACAGUAGUAGUUCUCUGUGAAUUAGAUGGUAUAAAUAGAAGAGAUUCCAGGCGUCCCUUGAGUGUUUCGAAGUAAAUUGAAUUUUCCAAUUCAUCUAUAGAUACAAUGGUUGACGAUUUGAACACGAUGCAUGGACAUAUACGGAAGUGCGGAAAAUUCGCUAUGACGACUCCUUCACGAGCUUGGUAAGUUUUUCUUCGAUCUGUGCAUCCGACAAGCCAUUCAAUGGCUCGAGUGUCUCCUUGCCAAAUGCGUAUCUGGCGUACACCUUAGGCAGAGUACCGCUGGCCUCGCGGAUCAGAAUGGGGACGUGAGGGUUGUGCUUCUUCAUGGUGGGGUAUGCGCGCUGCAGGAAGGUCCUUGUGGGAGCGCUGUGCUCUGAAGUCUGACAGAAAAGGAAGCGCAGCUCCUUCAGACCCUUGGUGAAAACGUAUUUGCCGGACAUUGUGAAAGGGUAAUGACGGAAGACCGGAUUAGGAGGAUAGACGGCGAUAGGCAAUGAGAGUAAGAAGCUGCUUCCCCGAUCAAACGGAUCAAAACAGAGCUGGGGUAUCAAUUGGAGCCAACGGAGG